GGCGGCUGGUCUGAAUGGCUUCACCGGAUCUAUCCCCUCCACCAUCUCCACCCUCACCGCCCUCAAUGAAUUGCAGCUCAAUUUCAACAACAUCUCAGGGAGCAUCCCUGUCAGCAUCACGAGCCUCCUUAACCUGCAAGACCUGAGGCUCUCCUUCAACAAUCUCACCGGCGCCGUUCCUGCCAUCACUAGCUCAAACCUUGAUAUCUUAGACCUCUCCCACAAUCACCUCAGCACCCUGCCUACUUCCAUGAAUACGGGGGAAAUACAUUUAAGCCACAACGACUUCAGGGGAUCCAUGCCUGCCAGAUUGUCCGCCUAUGUCAUAGACCUCAGCUACAAUUCUCUUAGUGCAGGCUUGGAUGGGCUCUUAAGAACGCCCUUGACUGAAUAUAAUGAUUCAGUAGAGUUGUAUUUUGCAUCAUGCAAUUUCUCUGGCCCGUUUCCUUCCUACUCAGAUGUGCCAAUUUCUGGGCUCGACGUGUCUAACAACAGCUUCGCUGGACCGUUCCCCUCCACUCUCUUCAAACAGAUUGAAUGGGAUUCUCCUAAAACCAU